UCGGUGAUAAUGGAAUCCUGAAAUGGAACCAUCGAACUAGUCAAACAAGGCCACGACGACGGAGUGACGGAGAGCGGGAGAGAGUCAAUUUUCUUCAGUGAUUCCUAAAAUCUCGCGGAUAGCUUCGAUUGUGCUGGAACGACGCAACAAAAAUUACCAUUUCAUGGGGCAGGUACAUGAAUUGUAAGGAGAGAAAAUAAAUAAAGCGAAGCAAGGAUAAAUCACGUGUUUCAGUUUCGUUGAUGACCGCACUGACCGCAGGUAUCAUUCAUCAAGUCAUUAGUCAAAAAUCAGAUUGAUCUUCAAUUCAUUUUCGAAUUUAUUUCGAAUCGAUUCAUCAUGUCCGAGAAAACUAUGUGCCUUCCUGUAACUGAUAACGUAUGCUUAACCAAAGUGAAUCCCAGAAAAACAACGUAUUUGUGGGCAGUUGAGAAUUUCAGCUCGAUUCAUGAUAGCAGGAGGGAAGUCUUGAAAUCUUCACCGUUCGCGGCUGAUGACGAUUACGAAUUCAAGUGGUGCUUACAUCUUGACCCUUAUCACGAAGUAAUAAAUGAUGGUUACGGCACCGACUCCUCACAAGACAGUGACGACAGUAGUUGCAGGUAUCGCAAACAAACCGUUUACGUUUUAUUGCAAGCACACCCUGCAGACGAAUGUUCUGAUUUCAUGAAACACAGUCCAGUUACGGGAACUUUGAAAUUCGCUAUUCUGAACGCCGUAAACAAACAGUCAUACUCUCAAAACAUGAAGUUUUCUAUGGCAAUGAAAAGCUGUACUAAAGCUUGCUCGUACACCCCUGCUGGAUUUAGUAAGUUCAUCAAGCGAAGCGAUUUGCUUAAAGAUAGCGACUUAUUGUCGCAAGAUAAGCUGACAAUUUAUUGCGAAAUAUCUUACGUGAAAAAAACAGACGUCGUGAAUAUUUCCGGCAAACAGUAUUCGAAUUUGCUCGAAGAACAAGAGCCGGCUGCCUUGGACGAUAUUGGAAGGUUGUUCAUGAAUGAAGACUUCAGUGACGUGAGAUUAUCCGUUGAAAAUAAAAUAUACCCAGCUCAUAAAAUCGUUCUCAUCGCUCGCAGCCCAGUCUUCGGAGCCAUGUUCAGUUAUGAUACGAAAGAGAAACAAUCCAAUUGCAUUGAACUUCAAGACAUUACCUUCGCAGCUUUCAGAGAGAUGUUACGAUACAUGUAUACCGGAAAAGUCCAAAAUUUGAAGGAAUUGGCUCCGGAAUUGUUGGCAGCAGCUGAUAAAUACGAUCUUAAAAACUUGAAAAUUAUUUGCGAGAAAGAGCUUUAUGAAACACUGUCUCAGAGUACUGCUGUGGCUACGGUGAUGUUGGCCGAUAUGUAUCACGCCGAGAAUUUGAAAAAACAGGCCCUUCUGUAUAUGCGAAUGUAUUCGUAUACUUUGAAUAUGAUGUCAGAAAAGAAUCGAAAUGCGUUGAAAUCGUUCCCUAAUCUUUUAUUGGAAAUAAUCGAUAUGUUUGGUGAAAAGAAUGUUUCGUGAAAUGACGAUAAUAAUUUUAAAUCAUUGACUACAUUGAGUAGAAUAUAUUUUUCGAGAAAUUCAGACUAUGUACUCUUGAAUUUAAUUAUUAAUUUCCUAAUCCUAUUGUCUAUCAUGUCUAUUUUACAUUUUUUUAAUUUGUUGAGCUUCAAGCUUGCAUUUAUUUUCCAUUUUAAAGGUUUCUUUUUGUGAUUUUCAACCUACUGUACUCAAUUAGGUACCUACUAAAUAAAUUUAUUC